AUGAAGUUGAUGUUACUUCUGACGUUGAUUGCCCCAACUCUCACCAUCCCAAAUGUUCUUCGCUUUGACAGGGAGAAGGUGUUGAGGGUGAGGCUCCAAGAUGAGAAACAAGUGAGCAUCUUCAAGGACUUGGCUGACACUGUUCUGCUUGACUUCUGGCAUCCUAGUUCCAUUCAGGAUGUUGCACCUAAAAUGGAGGUGGACUUCCAUGUUGGCGAAGAUCAAUUCCAACAUGUCCAGUCUGUUUUGGAGAAAAAUAAAAUGCAAUAUGAAAUCCUGAUUUACGAUCUGCAAGAAGAGAUUGAAAAACAGUUUGAUGUGAAAGAUGAUAGUCCUGGCAGACACAGCUAUUUAAAAUACAACGAAUGGAGCAAGAUCGCUUCUUGGACUCAACGGAUGACAGAAAAAAGUCCAGAACUGAUCACUCGUCUUGAAAUUGGAAGAACUGGAGAAAAUAAACCAAUAUAUGUUCUCAAGGUUGGGAAAAAGAGUGGAGAGGCCAGGGCCAUUUUCAUGGACUGUGGAAUUCAUGCACGAGAAUGGAUUUCUCCUGCCUUCUGCCAGUGGUUUGUCUAUCAGGCCACCAAAACCUAUGGAAAAAAUAAAAUUAUGACAAAACUCCUGGACAAGAUGAAUUUUUAUGUCCUUCCUGUAUUCAACAUUGAUGGCUACAUCUGGACUUGGACAAAAGACCGAUUGUGGAGGAAAAACAGAGCAAAGACUUUCAACUCCAAAUGCAUAGGAGUCGACCUCAACAGGAAUUUUAAUGCUUCAUGGGGUUCUAAGCUUGGGUCAAAAAAUCCUUGCAGCGAAACCUAUCGAGGAAAAGCACCAGAAUCUGAAAAAGAGACUAAAGCUGUGGUUGGCUUCAUUCGAAAGCACCGUUAUGAAAUUGAAGCUUAUCUGUCUUUCCAUGCCUACUCCCAGAUGCUCUUGUUUCCCUAUGGCUACACUAAGGUCCGGGUACCCAACGAUGAUGAACUGAGCAAAAUUUCCAAAAUUGCCACAGAAGCUUUAGCAACUCGCUAUGAAACACAUUAUGUCUACGGACCCAUUGCAACAACAAUUUAUCCAACUUCUGGUUCAUCUAUAGAUUGGGCUUAUGACUUUGGCAUCACACGUUCAUUUGCUUUCGAGCUCCGAGAUAAAGGCAGAUAUGGUUUUCUCCUCCCAGAAUCUCAGAUAAAGGAAACCUGUAAAGAGACCAUGUUGGCUGUCAAAUCUAUUGCUAAGUAUAUCCUCAGAAAUCCUCCUGUUCUCUAA